AUGGGUGGGACAGUGGGCUCUAGAGGCUCCACCGAGGACCUGGCGCGGGCAGCCGGGUCAGGCCAGCCCUGCAGCCCAGCCCAUGCUCUCGGAGCCAAACACAGGGCUGGGGAGCGGCUCAGAGACUUCAGGAGGAAAAGUAAAAGCUGUCACCAGGAACCUGUUAUUCUGGCCUCACUGAUUCCUGGGUUGGAUGUCGUCUACUGUCACUCAGAAAGAAGGCUCUCUGGGCUCAGCCUGCGGGGCGGGUCUGCAGCCCUGUGCAGCAGAGAGCACUCGGGGAGAACCGUCCAAUCCCGGCACAGCCAGCGAGGACAGGGCGGCUUCCGCGAUCUGCCCACGGGGCUCGGAGGUGCCUGUCUCCGGGUCCAGCAGUCCUGCGAUCUGGCUUUUGGCUUCUGUCGCCAGCCCUGGGGUCUCGCUGGCUUUGCCYUGCAGGUGCUGAAGAUCCCUGGUGGCCGCCUGGCUCCCAAGCGCCAGGAAAUGGACCACCCAGGCCGGUGCAUUCCUGGCGCUGAGGCCCAGAACCCGAGAGCCUUACCACCGGUUCCUGUCCCUGCGCACCUCGGCCUGUGCAGACCCCUGGUGGGUGACAUUGGGUUAGAUGGUGCCGGAGGCCCCACGAUGCUACUGCAGCACCUGCCACACUCCACUGGGCUCUUGGGCGCCAUUUGUGCCACGCGCGGACCAGGCGACUGCGCAGGCACAGCUGCCACUUCUGCCGCUGCAGCCAUCAACCCACCAAAGGGCUUCCCUUGCAACCAUGCACCUUGGCCCUGGGAACUGUUGACAUUCAGGGAUGUGGUCAUUGAUUUCUCUGAAGAGGAAUGGGAAUGCUUGGGGCCUGCUCAGCGGAAUUUAUACAGAGAUGUGAUGCUAGAGACCUACAGAAACCUGGUCUUCCUGGGUCUUAUUGUCUCUAAACCAUAUUUGCACACCUUCCUCUGGAGUAAAGGAGAGACAUGGAGUUGCUCACCUCUUUCUAAACACAAGUACCAUAGCAGUGAUCAACACUACAAAUUUAAAGAAUGUGGCAAAACUUUUAAUCAACAACCACCCCAAGUUAAGUACCACAGAAUUCAUACUGGAGAGAAUCCCUACAAGUGUGAAGAAUGUGGCAAAUGCUUUAAAAAUCACUCAACCCUUUUCAAACACCUGAGAUGGCAUAGCAGAGAGGAAACCUAUAAAUGUAAAGAAUGUGGAAAAGUUUGUACGAGUUUUUCAACUCUUACUCAACACCAAACUAUUCACACAGGAGAGAAGCUCCACAAAUGUGAAGAGUGUGGCAAAAAUUUUACUCAAAGAGCAUACCUUACCCAACACCAGAGAAUUCACACAGGAGAGAAGCCCUACAAAUGUGAAACAUGUGGCAAAGCUUUUAAUCGAAGAUCACACCUUACUCAACACCAGAGACUUCAUACUGGAGAGAAGCCCUACAAAUGUGAAGAAUGUGGCAAAGCUUUUAUAGAUCAUUCAUACUUUACCAAACACCAGAGAAUUCAUACUGGAAAGCACCCCUACAAAUGUGAAGAAUGUGGCAAAGGUUUUAAUCAAAGUUCACACCUUACUCAGCACCAGAGUAUCCAUACUGGAGAGAAGCUCUACAAAUGUAAUGAAUGUGGGAAAGGCUUUAAUCUAAGAGCAUGUCUUACUCAACACCAGAAAAUUCAUACUGGAGAGAAGGCCUACAAAUGCGAAGAAUGUGGAAAAGCUUUUAUUCAAAGAGGGAACCUUAUACAACACCAGAGAAUUCAUACUGGAGAGAAGCCCUACAAAUGUAAUGAGUGUGGGAAAUGUUUUACUCUAAGAACAUGUGUUAUUAGACACCAGAGAAUUCAUACAGAAGAGAAGCCCUACAAAUGUGAAGAAUGUGGCAAAGAUUUUAAACUAAGGGCAUGCCUUAUUCAACACCAGAGAUUUCAUACUAAAGAGAAGCCCUACACAUGUCAAGAAUGUGGGAAAAAUUUUAAUCUAAGAGCAUGCCUUACUCGACACCAGAAAAUUCAUACUGGAGAGAAGCCCUACAAAUGUAAUGAAUGUGGCAAAGCUUUUAAUCGAAGAUCUCGACUUACAAUGCACCAGAGACUUCACACUGGAGAGAAGCCCUACAAAUGUGAAGAAUGUGGCAAAACUUUUAAUCGAAACUCAAAUCUCACAAAACACCAGAUAAUUCACACUGGAGAGAGGCCCUACAAAUGUGAGGAAUGUGGGAAAGGUUUUACUCAAAAAUCAUGCCUUAGUCGACACCAGAGAAUUCAUACUGGAGAGAAGCCCUACAAAUGUGAAAAAUGUGGGAAAAGUUUUAAUCUAAAAGCACAUCUUACUCGACACCAGAGAGUUCAUACUGGAGAGAAGCCCUACAAACGUGAAAAAUGUGGGAAAGCUUUUGUUAAUGUUUCUACUCUUACCAAACACCAGAGAAUUCAUACUAGAAAGCAUCCCUACAAAUGUGAAGAAAGUGGCAAAGGUUUUAAUAAAAGUUUACAGCUUAAUCAACACCAUACAAUUCAUACUGGAGAGGAGCUCUACAAAUGUAAAGAAUGUGGCAAAGGUUUCACUCAGAAAGGAAGUCUUACUCAACACCAGCGAGUUCAUACAGGAGAGAAGCCCUACAAAUGUGAAGAAUGUGGGAAAGGUUUUACUCAGAGAGGAAGCCUUACUCAACACCAGAGGAUUCAUACUGGAGAGAAGCCCUACAAAUGUGAUGUAUGUGGCAAAUGUUUUACUAAAAGAAGUUACCUUACUCAUCACCACAGGAUUCAUACUGGAGAGAAGCCCUACAAAUGUAAUGAGUGUGGCAAAGCUUUUAAUAAAAGAGAUCAACUUAGAAUGCACCAUAGAAUUCAUAGUGGAGAGAGACCCUACAGUUGUGAAACAUGUGGCAAAGGUUUUACUCAAAGAUCAUGCCUUACUCAACACCAGAGAAUUCAUAGGAGAGAGAAGCCCUACAAUUGUGAAACAUGUGGAAAAGGUUUUGCUCAAAGAUGUUACCUUGCUCAACACCAGAAAAUUCACAGUAUAGAGAAGCUCUACAAAUGUAAUGAAUGUGGGAAAGGCUUCACUCAUAAAGGGAGCUUUACUGAACACCAGCGGAUUCAUACAGGAGAGAAGCCCUUCAAAUGUGAAGAAUGUGGGAAAGGUUUUACUCAUAGAGGAAGCCUUCUUCAACACCAGAGAAUUCAUACUGGAAUAAAGCCCUACAAAUGUGAUGUAUGUGGCAAGUGUUUUACUAAUAGAAAUUAUCUUCCUCAACACCAGAGGAUUCAUACUGGAGAGAAGUCCCACCAAUGUAAUGAGUGUGGCAAAGCUUUUAAUAAAAGAGAUCAACUUACAAAACACCAGAGAAUUCAUAGUGGAGAGAAGCCCUACAGUUGUGAAACAUGUGGCAAAGGUUUUAUUCAAAGAGCAAAGCUUACUCAACACCAGAGGAUGCAUACUGGAGAGAAGCCCUACAAAUGYGAAGAAUGUGGGAAAUGUUUUAUUAUGAGAGCACACCUUACUCAACACCAGAUAAUUCAUACUGGAGAGAAGCCCUACAAAUGUGAGGAAUGUGGGAAAUGUUUUACUAUGAGAGCACACCUUACUCGACACCAGAUAAUUCAUACUGGAGAACCCUACAAAUGUGAAGAAUGUGGCAAAGGUUACUCUCACAGACAGUACAUUACUCGACACCAGAGAAUUCAUAGUGGAGAGAAGCCCUAUGAAUGUGAAGAAUGUGGGAAAUGUUUUACUAUGAGAGCACACCUUACUCAACAUCAGAUAAUUCAUACUGGAAAGAAGCCCUACAAAUGUGAAGCAAGUGGCAAAGGUUUUACUCAAAGAGCAUGCCUUCUUCAACACCAGGGAAUUCAUACCUGA